CCCGCCCUGCCCUGCUGCCGCCUGUGUGGGGCGGGCCCGGCCAGGCCGAAGUCUGCCUCCCCUGCCCAGGUCUGUCAGCGGCGGCGGAGAGCCGCCGGUAGCGCGGGCCAUGGCGGGCCGAAACCCGGGCACCCAGCUGGAACUUGGCUGGCUCUCCAAAGUCUAUGUGAAUCGACCUGCAGUUGUGAGGCACGCAGAGGAAAUUAAAACGUGGAGAAGUGUGACAGGUAAUUGGCAAGCUGCCUGGCUGCUGAAAGCUGUCACCUGCAUAGACCUUACCACUCUCUCAGGCGAUGAUACUGCUUCAAAUGUUCACAGACUGUGCUUGAAAGCAAAGCAUCCCAUCAGAGAGGAUCUGCUGAAGGCCUUGGACAUGCACGAUAAAGGCAUCACCGCGGCAGCCGUUUGUGUCUACCCUGCCAGGGUCACCGAUGCUGUUAAUGCCUUAAAGGCUGCUGGCUGUAACAUACCAGUAGCUUCAGUGGCUGCUGGCUUUCCAUCUGGACAAACUCCUCUGGAAACCAAACUGGCUGAAAUAAAGCUAGCAGUGGAAUAUGGUGCCAGAGAGAUUGACAUUGUCAUUAGCAGAAGUCUGGUGCUGACUGGCCAGUGGGAAGCUCUCUACGAGGAGAUCCGGCAGUGCCGGCAGGCCUGUGGGGAAGCUCACAUGAAGACAAUCUUGGCAACAGGGGAGCUGGGCUCCCUUGUUAAUGUCUACAAAGCCAGCAUGAUAGCCAUGAUGGCAGGUUCUGAUUUUAUAAAGACAUCUACAGGAAAGGAGGUGGAAAACGCAACCUAUCCAGUUGGAAUAGUCAUGAUGAGAGCCAUUCAGGAAUUCUACUGGAAAACUGGCCACAAGGUUGGAUUUAAACCUGCUGGGGGCAUUCGGACAGCACAAGAAGCUAUCACUUGGCUUAUGCUGGUGAAGGAUGAACUGGGAGUGGAAUGGCUCACACCAGAGCUCUUCCGCCUGGGUGCCAGCAGCUUGCUGGAAGACAUUGAGAAACAGAUUUUCUUCCUUGUGACUGGUUCUUACCCACUUCAGCAUGAACUGACAAUGGCUUAGGCACAAAAUCAACUCAGGAUUACUUACUAUGAAACAGGUCUUUAAGCAAACAGCAUUUACAAGGAUUCUGACAAGCAAGUGCAUUAAAGGCCUAAUUCACCCUUCUUCAUGUUUCCUGCUGUUUAAAAAUGUGCUCAAGUCUGGUGGUUGUGCUUGAUCCAAAGGCAUUAAAAAGUGCUCCUUCUGAAA